CGACGCCGCGCGACGACGCGCCGCGGCGCCGAGACCGCCGGCGAUGGCGCGCGGCGACGGCUCGAAACGCAACGCGUCCGCGCGCGCCUCGGCGCGGCGCGCGCGACGGCUGAUCGUCAAGGAGUUCGCGCUGAGGCGAUGCUUCGAAUCGUUGGACGCGAGCGGGCGCGGGGAGAUCGUCGUGCGCGCGUUCCUGGAUCGAUUGCGCGCGGACGCGGCGAUGACGGACGCGCUGCAGGGAGCGACGGAGGCGUUCACGUCGACGGAGAUGCUGGACGGGGUGUUCGACGCGCUGGAGGAGGCGGCGGCGCGCGCGGUGCGGGUUGAGGAAUUCUUGGAAUUGUUCAGAAUCAGCGCGAUCGAGGCGAAUAAGCGAGCGAAGGCGAAGAAGAAGAUGGAAACGGAGGAGAGAAAGGCGCUCGAGGGCGGGAAGACGAACGCGGCGGUGAAGGAGGAGACGGCGGUGGAGAACGGAGCGACGAGAGUGGAGGGCGCGGGGGAGGACGCGCCGGAGAUCGAGGCGCGGGCGGGGCGGAACGCGGAGGAGAACGCGGUGGUGCCGGCACCGGAGCCGGAGGCGCGCGCGGCGCCGCCGAGGCCGCCGCCGCCGCAGGCUCCGGUUCAGGUGGUGGUUGACGCGAAUUACCUCAAGCAAGUGUUUAAAUUGAUCGACUACGACGGCAACGGCGAGGUGACGCUCGUGGAGUUCUUAUCGGCUUUACACUCGAAUCCGGAGAUCGGAGCCUUGUUAGAUGAAGGCACGCCCGCCGGCGACGACGUAUCGAACGUUGUCAGCGAGGUUUUCUCAAGGAUGGACGCCGACCAGAAUAAGAGCGUUAACUUUGAAGAGUUCGUGGAGUACUUUACGGUGCAGCAAAACGCGCACUCGAAUCACGCUCUGAACAAGCUGUCGAGAGACGAAAAGAAAGCGUUGCUAAUGUCGUUCGAUCAGGCAAAAGUUCGAAGCAUGAGCGCGUUUAAGCGUGGCAUUCGGUAUGUCAGCAAGCAAGCGCUCAAAGCAGGCUUGCGAACGAGCGAGAAAGAAAAGAAGGAGGAGAACAUGAGCAAAAUACCGGAUUCUGACUUGCUUGUCCUUAAAUCAUACUUGCGUGAUGUGUACAAAAUUGUGGAUUACGAAAAGAACGAGCGCAUCGUGUUGCAGGAGUUCCUGGACGAGCUCAGAGAGAGCCCCAACAUCGCGCUCGCACUCGACGUCGGCAGCGACAUCUCCCACGGCGCUGACAAGACGAAAAAGAUGGUCGCGGUUAUCUUCAAGGCGAUGUCGAUUGACGCAAAAAGGGUGGUGACAUUUCCUGAAUUCGUAAACUACUUCAUCAAGAUCGCGUCGGACUACUUUAACUCGGAUUCUCCUUUGUCGCAACAGAGCGUCGUGAGCGAGUCUCGAAGCGCCUCAGCGAAUAGCACGAUCGGCGCGUUUGUCGGGGAGUUGUUCAAGUUUGGGAACAAAACGCCGUCUCCAGCACCUGUGGCCGAAGAACGGGUAGCGUCUCGGAAUGGCCUUCGCCCUCACGGGGAUGACGACUACAUGGACGGCCUGGUUUACGGCGACGAUGAAAAUGAGGAUUUGGAUCACACUGUUCACUUACUGCGUCAUGAGUUACAACAAAUGAAUGCUGUUCUGGAAGAAAAUCAGCAUCAGAAGAAGAUGAAUAACGCACUCAGGUUGAAGCUGAAUGUGUUGACGCACAUGUACGCAAAGCAAAGCGCGGAAUUCCAGGCACUGAUUGACUCGAUGAAGUAAAUAUUUCACGAGGUGCAUCGCGAUGAUAGAAGAAUU